AUGGAUGUUGACCCUGAAACUGGCUCCGUUGACGGAACGCGCAGAGUCUCUCGAUCUCCCGCAGACGCACGCCCAGCCUGCGAGCGAUGCCACAAACAAAAGGGGAAGUGCCACUUUCUUCAGGGCCAAUCAACUUGCUCGGGGUGCUCGCGCUUGGGCUUGGCCUGCCAGCCAAGACGACGGAAACGGAUGGGUCGGAGGCCAAUUCUGAAAUCGUUCCUCUCUGGCACCACCUCUAUUGUAUCUCUAUCUUCUGAGCCUUCACAGAGCUAUGAAGAAUCUACCGAUCUCAAUGACGCGGCCUCAAGCAGCGCUCGGGCGCAGGCGAUCAUCAAGACGGCCCCUUCAAGCCCUGUCCAAGCCAGGCUGAACUCUUCACCUACCUUCGAGCAUGGCAAAAGGCAGUUCAGCUUGAACCUCCACAGUCUCAAAUCACCAACUUGCACAUACCCACUCGUCGACAAUGUACUCUUGACGAGAGAGGGCUUCUUUGAAACCCAUCGCCACUUCAUGCUGGGCCCGACAUUCGCCGACUCAUACCACCACACCGUGCUGCGGCUGUACCAUCGCUCUCCGCGCCUCAUCGCCGACGCCUACUUGGCCGUGCUCCACCGGAUGUACACGCAAAGAAAACUCAUCGCGCAUCCGGACCGAGAGGAUCUAACAAUAGCUGCUCAAUGCCUCCGCAGCCUGAGACACGUAUCAUCAAGAGUAUUGAUCUCCCACGUGGAAGACGCAGCAGCGGUAGUCAUGCUCGGCCAGAUCCUCCUCGUAUACAAUUCCAUGACUCCAUGCACUUCAACCCGCGUCAUCACGCGUGCCGCGCUGCUCUCUGUUCGCGACUGGUUCCCGGCUCUGUCGCAGAGACCAGACCUCUACGGCAUCACUCUGGUCACCGUUCUGGUCGACACCAUCGACUCCCUGGUUAGGCGCGAGAUGCCCAUCGUCAGGGUGUCGGCCUGCGCGACAGACACCGUCGACAGAUCCGUUGGCAUUUGCUGGUCUCUGUUGCCUUUGCUCUAUGAUCUCUGUGAGCGCAGCUUCCAGGUCAAAACAGCAGCGGCGCGAGAGCGCACCUGGACGUCGGGCGACCAAGACCCGUAUGCGGAUAUCGAGCAGGCCAUCCUCUCAUGGGCCCCUUCCCUAUCACCACAGUUCUACAGCCGAUACUCGGCAUCAGAAGUGGCGAUCAUGCAGUCUCAAGCCCGCCUGUACCGUCUUGCGGCGCUUCUUCUUAUUCACCGAUUGCGGUACCCGCUUGGUACCGAGGACAGCACCGCUUGCGCCUACGCAAAGAACAUCCUAACUGAGAUGUCUCCGCUCGUCUCUUGGCCCGUGAACGGUGCCACAGGCUGGUGCAUCGACUUCCCGCUCUUCCUGGCCAUGCUUGAGAUCCCUGAGCAGGGCGAAGAUGUCUUCAGGUCAUUGGAAUCAAAGAGGUUCCGACAGCCCCACCCUGAGAUAGAGCUUCGAUUCGUCAAGUAUAUCAGAAAAGCACGAGAAGCUGGCUACUCGGGGCUCUGGUUCGACCUUGUAAAUGAAGGACUGGAUGGAGAUAUCUUGCCAUGA